UGGAAAUCGACUUGAAGCUCUGUCGGCUCUGGCAGUAAAUCUUAGGGGUGCGCUGGGCGCAUUACACGAUCCCCGGUAGAACCGUCCUUCACAAAUCCAUUCUCAAGAUGCCACCGAAACGCCGCGCGCCCUCCUCCUCCGCCAAAACCCCUCUCCGCCCCGCAAAACCCUCCAAGCUCGCAAGAGAACACGGCCUCACAGCGGCGCAAGAAUCCUCCAUCCGCGAAGCCUUCGCCCUCUUCGCGGUGCAGCACCCGGACCAUGCCGACGGGAGGGAAGGCGUGCUGAGGAGGGACGACGUGCGGAGGUGUUUGAUAGCAUUAGACCUCCCACCGCAACGCUCCGAACUCGCGUCCAUCCUCUCGACCAUCGACCCGCUCAAUACAGGCUAUGUCCCGUUUAUCCCGUUCCUCUCCUACGCGGCGAUAGCCAUGCACGCAAAGGAAUCCGACUCGGAAGGCGACUACGACGACGACGAAGGCGAUGACAAGGUCCACGAUGAAGAUUACCAUAACCACGCUGGUGUGGAGGAGCUCCACGCAGCUUACAAGCUCUUCACGCACGGCACGCCGGGACCCAUAACACUGGCGCAUCUCCGCAGAGUGGCGAAGGAAUUGAGGGAGGAAGUGUCGGAUGAGGUGCUGAAGGAUAUGAUUCGCGAAGCGAAUGGCAGCGCCAAAGGCGCGAGUCACAUCGGCGGCGUCAGUCUUGAGGAAUUCGAGGGGGUGAUGCGGAGGGCGGGUAUGACGUUUUAGCAGUGUUCGGAGGAGGGGGAUAAGAGGGGUGACGGUUGAAGAUGUAGCUGUUCAUUUCACGAUACCCAAAAUGAUGAUUAGUAUGAGAGAAGCUCCAAUUCGUGGCUACCGUCAUGCCCCUACAUUCCGUCCCUUCGAGGGGACAUGACAAGUUAGGUUGACAUUUCAAAUUCGAAGGUAGUGAGACAGAGCGGGGAGAGUAAAGGGAGAACACGAAAUUGGCUGACCAUCUCUCCACGAUGCUCAACACCACAACAUCAUCAU